AUGGCUCCUCACAAGUACUACGGAGUUCGUGACCAUGAAGGCGGAUCUUGGACAAGCCUAUCGACGGGCAAACCGCUCGUGUACACUCAAGAACAGUUCAUCGCGCCAAAGAAGAGAUGCCUUAUGCAGUGGAGAGCACCAACAAUCAUGAUUGUCUCGUUCAUCAUCGGGGUUCUUGGUGCCAUCUUUCAUCAUAUUCUAUACUUCAUUUUCAACAAGCGAAUUAUCAGCUUCGAGCAUGAACAACAGAUCAUCUCAACAUCCGGACUGGCUCUGGCCUUCAUCGUCAAAGUAUCCUUAGCAGUCACUUCAGCCACAUCGUUCACGCAAUGCUUGUGGCGCUCACUCAGGUCCAGUUCUAUGAAGAUUCGUGCGGUAGAUUCGAUGUUCGACAUUCUCACGAAUCCUUUGGAAUUCCUGUACGUGGAGUUCUGGGUGCGGCACCCAUUACUGACCUUCACGGCUGCUACGACAUGGCUCAUUCCGCUAUCUGCCAUCUUCACGCCUUCUACGUUAACAGUGCGGCCUCUGAUGCACGAGACUACAGAUGCUAUACAGGUCCCCCAGCGCCAGAACAAUGACUCUCAACUCACUAUGUUGACCACUGCUGAUGGUUCGUCUUGGAUAUAUUUUGGGACGUCAACGACAUUUCUCAAAGUAGCAAACCUGAAUAUCCAGCAAGGCGAUGUGCUCCCAGUCUCUUUGGAUCUGGGAUCGCAGAACCUCUCCUACAGUCUCAGCUUCCACGGCCCUGCUCUUCAAUGUGCUGAGCCGGACAGUGCUACCACCGCUAUCAUUCGCGAUGGACUGUAUGACUAUAUGAAUCAGACGGGAAACAUGAUUUACUGGGCUGGAUUUGUGCCCCAAAGCGAUUUUGGACCAGACACAAUCAACGCCACAUUCUUCGAGGCCCUCAUCGACGGCAAGGGACAGUAUAAUUUUUCGACACCCAACCUUGGCUUGGAAGCACCCAGCAAUGGGCCUGCAAAGGUUUUUCAAAUGAUGUACUCCUCGGACAAUAUGACCGCCAUACCGGCCGGCGAUUGGCUCUACAACGUGGCUGAAUGUACCUUGCACAAUGCGUCCUAUGUCGCAGAUUUUAAACUCAAUAGCAACGGGCAACAAGCCAUCACGGCGACUAAGGAGAUCCUCGAUGGCAUCGAGGCAGUGCAGUAUCUUCCUACCAAGUACACCGUUGAUGAAGCAGCUGAACGAUUCAAUGCGCAGGCUUUCAUGCAAGCAUUUGGCUAUUACGCAAGUGGGACCACAACAAUCAAGAUCAACGGCAACAAUUUUACCCCGGGGAGUGCUGUUCAAGUCAAUCCAGUUCUGGGUGCUGCCAUCUCAGGUACCAUGUAUUCCGACCCUGCUUUCAUCACAACCUGGGACCAAUUUACGGACGCACUAGAGAGUCUAUUCCAAAAUUUCACGCUGAGCUACAGGUAUAGCGACAUGCAAUUUGGGUAUCUCGAGCAGAACUACAGCUCUCAUGUAGCCACUCAAGCAAUACUCAGACAGUCGCUGAACACAUUCAGCUAUGCGCCUCGAGCUCUCUUCAUAUCAUAUGGCAUCGCGAUCGGUCUAUCUGCAACCUGCCUCGGAGUUGGCAUGAAUGCGAUAUUUGUCAACGGGCUCUCCUACACCAACAGCUUCUCUACAAUCCUGCGCGUGACUAGGGACAAGGCGUUCGACGCUCUAGCCGAUAGCGAUGAGGCCGCUGGUGGUGGAGACCCCCGACCAAAGCACCUCGCGAACGUUACAGUCGCUUAUUCUAACCCAAUUGAUGCCCGGGCUAGAGGCGAGGGAAUGGCGGGAAUGCGUGUUCUAAGAUGA